UUGCGAGCCCGCUGUUCAGCUAUUGGUUGCCUUUCUGCUCGGUAAUAGGUUAAGCAAAGAUAUUGCAACUCCAUCUGUCCAAGUAUUCAUUGUUCUGGGUAUCAGCGUGCCUGCCUGGAAGGCUUGCAGAUCAAAUUGUGGAAGGGACCUGCUGCUAACAUUGCUGCCGUAAAAACCAAUGUCUCUGUGCUCUCCGCCGAAAGAAUUCGGGUCAUUUUAUCACAGCUUUAGAAACAAUAACAAGGCAGUGUCGGGUACAUGUGGCAACUUCAUGGGCUUAAAGGAUGAUUUCGGGAAGAGCCUCGGCCAUCUUUAUGUGGACAGCAGUGAAAGCCACAUAAGUGCAGUCGUACCGUGGACCAUUCUGCGGAAGCCAACAAUGGAUAAAGUGAAUUCCAGGAAGGUGGACUCUGACAAAGACACCUCAGAAGAAACUUACAGCUCCAGUGGUGAAUCAGAAGAAAGCACAAAUUCCGACAAUGAGUCUGAACUGUCACAAAGACUCGGAGCAGAACCUUGUCGGAUACCAAAGGCACACCGGCAGUUAUGCCGAUCCCCAUGCAUUGAGCCAUACAUCCUAAAACGUAAUGAGAUUUUACAAGACCUUAAAACCGAAGAAGAGCUUACAGGGACUAAAGAAGUAAAGAAACCACCCGAUGUGGUCAAAGAAUACCAAACCAAACUAGACUUUGCACUUAAAUUAGGAUACUCAGAAGAACAGGUUCUACUUGUUCUUAACAAGCUUGGUCCAAAUGCUUUAAUUAAUGACAUUUUGGGUGAACUUGUCAAGCUUGGCAGUAAGAGUGAAAGCGAUCAGAACGGUGUUUCCAGCACUCCGGUGAUGCGGGAGGCAUUGUCCACCGACUCUCAAAGAUCAGAGUCUCCAUUUCAUCAGGAGGUGAUAGACGACAGUGAAAACUUAAGACCAAUUGUGAUUGAUGGCAGCAAUGUAGCAAUGAGUCACGGUAAUAAAGAAGUGUUUUCGUGUCGUGGGAUCAAAUUAGCUGUCACCUGGUUCUUGGAAAGAGGCCAUAAAGAUGUCACUGUGUUCGUGCCGGCAUGGAGAAAAGAACAGUCUCGGCCAGAUGCUCUCAUUACAGAUCAAGAAAUCUUAAGGAAAUUGGAGAAGGAAAAGAUUCUCGUGUUUACCCCAUCUCGCCGUGUACAAGGUAGAAGGGUGGUGUGUUAUGAUGACCGUUUUAUAGUGAAGCUGGCUUUUGAAUCAGAUGGAAUCAUUGUGUCCAAUGACAACUAUAGGGAUCUAGCCAAUGAGAAGCCUGAAUGGAAGAAAUUCAUUGAUGAGAGGUUGCUAAUGUAUUCAUUCGUCAAUGACAAGUUUAUGCCACCUGAUGAUCCAUUAGGUCGCCAUGGACCCAGCUUGGACAACUUCUUGAGGAAGAAGCCUGUGGUUCCAGAAUAUAAGAAGCAGCCUUGUCCAUAUGGAAAGAAAUGUACCUAUGGACAUAAGUGCAAAUAUUAUCACCCAGAAAGGGGCAAUCAACCACAGAGGUCAGUGGCGGAUGAACUCCGUGCCAUGUCUAGAAGCACCAUAGCCAAAACGUCGAAUGAAAUAGGACUGGUCAAAAGUAACAGUGUUCCUUCAAAUACCAGGAUGGAUAGUAGCUGUGAUUUGAAGCGUUCAACUCCAAAGAGGCAAUCAGACCCAAGCAUACGCACUCAAGCUUAUGAGUUAGAAGAAAAGCUGGCCACCAAAAACAAGUUUGAAAGCAGGUCUGUGCCAUCGCUAGUUAGUACAACCCCUUCAAGCAAUGGUCUUCUUUCUGUUGUACAUUUACCAACACAGGAUACAACACCACCUGGGCUUUAUUCUCCAAUGCUAAUGUCAACAAAGAAUCAUGGGACCAUUUCGUGCGACCAGUACCCCAAAUGUGAAUCCCCUGUAGAUGUAGGAUAUUACUCAAUGAUGAAUGCUUAUUCAAACCUAAGCCUCAGCGGUCAUCGAAGCCCUGAAAGGCGUUUCUCUUUGGAUACUGAUUACAGGAUUAGUUCAGUUGCGUCUGACUGUAGCAGCGAAGGGAGUGUGAGUUGCGGUAGCAGUGAUUCAUAUGCAGGUUACAAUGAUCGUUCCUAUGUCAGCUCUCCCGAUCCCCAUCUGGAUGAAAACCUUAAAUGUCAGCACAUGCAUCCACACAGUCGCUCAAGUGCACAAGCAUUUUUGCAGGGCUAUCAUGAAUCGUUAACGCGGGUUCAAAGCUAUGGCCAUGAACCCGAACCAAAACACCAUCACAAGCCACACCCUCCAUAUAUGUCGGGCCCUCCACAGCACCAUGCUGUUGCAGCUCGGUCAAGUUGCCCAAAUGACUAUAACAUUUCUCAAAAUUCCCCAGUCUCCAAGAAUGUUAUUAUGGGAAGAUCUUUGGUAUCCACAAGAAUGGAAAGUGUCUCGGAUUCGCGCCUAUAUGAAAGCCCCCCAAUGAGACACCACAAGCCCUACAUUAGCCAGGAAAGCCCAGGUAGCUGGGACAGACCUAAUUAUGGCGUUGACCCUUAUGGAUAUCGUCAGACGUUCCCGAUGCCGGGCAAUCACUCACAACCGUGCUAUGAGCAGUUUGCUUUCCAAAGCCCACCUGAACAUCAAGACCAGUCUUGGAGAGUCCCUUACUGUGGCAUGUCACAGGAACCUUCACGAUAUCAGGGUACUAGAGAAAAGGUUUUUAUAAACCUGUGUAACAUCUUCCCAGCGGAACUCGUGCGAAUCGUUAUGAAGAGAAAUCCACACGUUACUGACGCCCAGCAACUUGCUGCCGCCAUCUUGGUGGAGAAAUCCCAGUAUGGAUAUUGAAAUAUGAUACACCUUUGCGGUGUGAUGUACAUUUCAUUUGUUCAGCUCAUGCUGAAGGAGGUUUGCUACAAUAGCAUUGGUAAUCUCCUUCUCAGCAAGGGGGUGAUAUAGUAAUCCAUGUAUGUGAAAUACUGAGCCAUGUAUUAUUUAUGUACCAACCCUGCUGCUCAAACACCCUAUAGACAAGCAUUUAUUUGCUAGGGUUCUAAGUGAGCACAAGGGGUUGUCACCU